CAUCCUGCCCUGAGUACCAACGCAAUGACAUUGUUCCCAGUGUUACUAUUCCUGGCUGCUGGGUUGAUUCCAUCCUUUCCUGCAAAUGGAAGGAAGAAUCCAGCUUUUACCUCUUUGUUAACCAACCAAAUACAUGUGCAAAGGGAGAUUGUAAAUAAACACAAUGAACUAAGGAAAACAGUUUCUCCGUCUGCCAGAAACAUGCUAAAGAUGGAAUGGAGCAAUGCAUCUGCAGUAAAUGCUCAAAAGUGGGCAAACCAAUGCACAUAUGAACAUAGUGACUCAGAGGAACGAGUAACCAGUCUAAGCUGUGGCGAAAACCUCUAUAUGUCAAGUAACCCCAAUUCAUGGUCACAAGCAAUACAAAGCUGGUAUGAUGAGAACUAUGAUUUUGUCUUUGGUGUAGGGCCAAAGUCUUCCGAUGCAAAGGUUGGACAUUAUACUCAGGUUGCUUGGUACUCAUCUCACCUCAUUGGAUGUGGAAUUGCCUACUGUCCUAGUGAAUUGAUUCUAAAAUACUACUAUGUUUGCCACUAUUGUCCUGCUGGCAAUAUUGUUGAUAGACGAUAUACCCCUUACGAACAAGGAGUACCUUGUGCCAGUUGCCCUAACAACUGUGAAGGCGGAUUAUGCACCAACAGUUGCAAGUACCAAAAUGAGUAUAGUAACUGUGAAGAUUUGAAGAAACAAGUUACCUGUAAACAUGAAACGGUCAAGAACGAUUGCAAAGCCUCUUGCAAUUGUGAAAACAAAAUUUAUUAA